GCCGGUUGAACCUUGCAGUUGGUUCUACAAAACAGAUGGUAGUGUGAGAGAGAGAAAGCAGAGCAAAGCAGAGCAGAGCGGAGUUUGAUGGUGUCAUUGGUGCGUCUUCUUGCUUUAACCCUUUCCCUCCGCACCAGAGGAGACCAUACCCUUGCCUUGGUCCCUUCUCACAGGCUCUUCUCACAUCAAUCAUGGCUUUCAGUUCCGGGAAAUCCCAUCAUCAAGUGGCCCGUACAAGUACAGUCCCUACCGGAGGUUCACCCACCACCACCACCACCACCACCACCGACCUCCUCCUUUUCCUCCUUCCCCCACCAGGCAAACAAAGAAGGAAAAGAAGAAGAAGAAGAAGCUCAAAACCCUACUAACCUUUUCCAAAGGGACUGUGCCACCGUCUGUGACCUCCUCAGUGAUCACACCCUCUCGGGUCCGACUCUCGAAGCAGCCUUGGAUCAGACUUCCAUCAAACCCUGUUCAACUCUGCUGCAAACAAUCUUCCACCACUUCGACUCCUCCCCCAAACCCCUCUUCACUGUCUUCCUCUGGGCUCAGAAGCAACCCUCUUUCCAUUCCACGCCUCCCCUUUUCAACUCCAUGAUAGAUAUCCUCGCCAAGGCCAGACUAUUCGACCUUGCAUGGUCCCUCUUGCUCAAUCGCCUACGCUCUACCAGUGAUACUACCUCGUCGUUGAUCUCCACUGACACAUUCGCCGUACUCAUCAGACGCUAUUCCCGUGCAGGUAUGCCUUUAUCCGCUAUCCGUACCUUCGAAUUUGUUCAUAGCUCAGACCCAUUUCAUAGUAGGUCCGAGUCCAAUUUCGAUUUGUUUGAGAUUCUCCUGGAUUCCCUCUGCAAGGAAGGGCAUGUGAGGGUCGCUUCCGAGUAUCUUGAUCGGAGAAGGGGAUCCAAAUUGGAAUGGGUUCCCUCCAUUCGUGUUUAUAAUAUUCUCCUCAAUGGCUGGUUCCGCUCGAGGAAGCUCAAACGGGCUGAGCGGCUCUGGGAGGAGAUGAGGAGGGACAAUGUGUCUCCCACUGUUGUGACUUACGGCACCCUUGUCGAAGGAUAUUGUAGAAUGCGACGAGUGGAGAAGGCUAUUGAAUUGGUUGGUCAGAUGCGAAGGGAGGGAAUUGAACCCAAUGCCAUCGUCUACAAUCCUAUCGUGGAUGCUUUGGGAGAAGCCGGAAGGUUUAAGGAGGCUCUGAGCAUGAUGGAACGGUUCCUGGUUUUGGAGUCUGGGCCUACCAUCUCCACAUACAAUUCUCUGGUCAAGGGUUUCUGCAAGGCCGGAGACCUUGUUGGGGCAAGUAAGAUACUUAAAAUGAUGAUUAGUAGGGGUUUCACCCCAACUCCCACGACCUACAACUACUUCUUCCACCACUUCUCAAGAUUCGGUAAGAUUGAAGAGGGGAUGAAUCUUUACACCAAAAUGCUUGAAUCUGGUUAUGCCCCAGACCGACUUACCUACCACCAGUUGAUCAAGAUGCUGUGCGAGGAAGAGAGAGUGGAUUUGGCAGUACAGGUUAGCAAGGAAAUGAGGGUGAGAGGGAUUGAUUUAGACCUUGCCGUAAGCACCAUGUUGCUCCAUUUGCUCUUGAAAUUGCAUAGAUUCGAUGAGGCAUGUGAGGAGUUUGAGGAUAUGCUCAGGAGGGGAAUUGUGCCUCAAUACCUUACUUAUCGAAAGCUGACUGAAGGGCUGAAGAAAUUUGGGAUGACUGAGAGGGCCCGAAAGCUAUCUGAUCAAAUGAAUUCUCUUCCACAUUCAAUGAAGUUGCCAGACACAUAUAAAGGAGACAUGGCUCGUGAGUUGAGAUCAUCCAUAAUGAGGAAAGCCCAAGAAAUGUCAGAUAUUCUGAAGACCUGUAGAGAUCCCAAGGAAUUAUAUAAGCUUAGGAGUUCACCUCAGAAUGCAGUAACUAGUGCUAGCCGCCUGGUAGAGAAUAUAAAGAGGAGAGUUAACGGGUUGUGAAGCUAUGGAUAUUUCAGAAAUCAAAAUUUCCACUCUUAGAUGUCUACUAAUUGGAUUGCUUCAGGUCCUCAAUCCAAUUGGCAAAGUUACCAAGAACACAUGGGGAGGAGAGGAAUCAUGGGUAAUGGAAUUCUUGUGUAACUGACCCGUUUUCCAAAGAUGUCAAAUGAUAUCUAAGAGAAGUCAUUCAUUGAGCUGAGGGUUUCACCUGGGAGCACUCCAUGUCAAAUCAGUUUGAAUGAAGAAUAGAUGGUACUUGAGUUUUACAGGUACCAUUAAACUGAACUUGACCGAACUUCUAACGAAGGGUAUGGUAUCAAUGUAUCAUCAGCUGAUGCCGUUUUGGAAUUUGGUUCUCUCUCUCUCUCUUUCUCUAGGCCAAAUAAGAGCUGUUUUGGGAAUGUGUUUUUUCAUCAACUUAAAGGGAUUGAUAAAUCACAUGAAUGGCUUUGAGAUUCUCAGAUGCUGCAGUUGUUCUUCGUGGUGGCCUUCUUGGCACUGCCCUUGCACACUCUAUGGUCCGCUGGUACGAAGCUUGAAUCCCUUUGUGGAGACAAUGGAGACUCUUCUGUGCUUAUUAUCAGCAUAUUUGGCACUUGUAUUCCAGGAUCUUUGCUUCUAUGUUUGACAUCAGGCGGUGAACAUGGACAGAAAGAUUGCAAGGUCCAGGUCAACACACUUGACUAAGAAAGAUCUCCAUAUCUCAAUAGUGAAAGAAACAAUUCAGGUACUGGAUUGAAGAACCUGCAAUCCUCUGCUCUGUUCUGGAUGACUAAACAGUCCCCUUCUUUUGAGGGAGGGGGAUGUAAAUAACAACCAAAAGGCUAGAACUCAAGACCUCUUCAUGAGCAUGGACUUUUUAUGCACCACAGCUCACCAACUGCGCUAGAUAACUGUUUUUGUCAUUACGUUUAUGUUAAAAUUUAUCUUCAGAUCCUGUUUUCUGCACUCAGUUUUCUUUUGACAGCUGAUAGUUUGCAGGAUACUUGAUAAGCAUGAAAGGCUGCUGGAUUUUGUUACAAAGCUAGAGACACACAUGCAUUUCGUCGGUGAAAACAGGGGAAAUGAGCAAGGAUCUUGCUCUUCUCAUCCAUGGAUCAAUGUAUCAGACUCUAUUAUCCCUGGCGCUCCUGAAUAUGGGAGAUAUCUAAUCUUAUCCCAACCUAAUGGGGUCGGCUACAUGGAUACUCUUCCUCCAAUCAGCUCUAUUUAAAGCUAUACUUGUUAUGAGUCCUAAACAAUGCAUGUCUUUCUUUACCACUUCUCCUAGAUUUACUUUAGGUUUAUCCCUAGCUCUUUUAAUUUCUUCAAUCUGAAUCAAAUCGCUCCAACGUACUGGAUUGUUCAAAGGAUUCCAUUGCAUUUGUCCAUGACACCCUAAACAACUUUCCCGCAACUUAUCAUGUGUCGGAGCUAUUUCUAAAUUAAUACAUGUACACAAUUUAACACAGAUUUUUCAA